AUGGCGUUGAAAGAGCGAAUCUCGUCCCCCCUCGAGGCAGGACCGUCCAUCCUCGAUGCCCAUCAUCUCCCUCCGCAUCUUACUCCCGCUCUCGAAUACGCCUCCUCCCGACUGGCCAGAAAGUCUCUCCAUCUGACUCUUGUUGUCGUCCGAAGAGACUACCAGCUACCUAGUGUGAUUCCGCCCUUGGGAUCCCCUGGUUUCUGUGUAUCCACGCCUACGACACCUGCUUCACCACCCACCGCCAAGUUUAGCUUUGCUACAGGUCCUGUCACCGCCUUGAAACAGCUUGUACGGACAGCAUCGCGACAUGGCGCUGAAUCCAUCCGAUCCAUCGAUUCCAGAAGCACAGUCUCGUCACCGAGUUCAAAUCUAGAGUCUCCCGGGUUAAGGCUGCGGUGGCCAUUAUCCCCUGCUACACCGUUGUCUCCGCCUCCCAUGACGCCGUGUACGCCUUCAUCCGUUGCUACUGAUUAUAUCGGCUCUACGGCUCCUGGUAUUUCGGGCGUGCGGCUCAUUCACGCCCCGGAUAUAUCUGCCAAGGAGCAGAGAAUACAACGGGCUGUGUUUACUAAGACGUCACAAAAGUUUGACCUGGGGCCCUCACUCUCUCCGGCUGUCACUCCCUCUACAGCAGGCCUAACAACUCAACUCAUCACCAACUCCCUCAUCCAAAACGAAGUCCUCUUCUCCUCCGACGGUCUCACCCUCCUGUCCCUCGACCGGCUGUAUAGCCUCAAGAGCGCACUAUCCAGCUACUCCAAGACGAAAUCCCACCUCCGUCUGGAAGACGCCGUCGACGAACUCCGUCGGUACAUCCUCGCCAACAACGGCGCCAAAGUAACCAAAUCCGAUCUACUACGCUCCUACGACUGGCUGAGCGUCAGCUCAAGCGCCGUGUCAGACCUCGAUAGAAUGUAUAGACGCGCGUACGGGGGCCCAGCCGAAAUGGGCGCCAUAUCAGGCGUGUCUGCCAUACCUAGAUUCAUGCCCGAGCCGGCGAUUCGAUCUGACGACGAUGACUUCGACUAUGACGAUGAUCCUGACUUGAGUCCUACGCAGAUUGGACUGGCGGUAACGACGUUCGAGGUGCGGAAAGCGUCGCCAAAGGGGCCGGUGUUGAAGAUUCAGACGAAUUUCGAGGCUGGGCUGCGGAGUAAAUGGGAUUAUACUGAUGAUGGGGAGAAUGAGCCUGGGGAGAGGGACGGAGAUGAGGAUAGUGAUCGGACGGCGAGGCCGUUGGAAAGAUUGCCUGUUGGAUUUACGCCGUGGAGUGCAAGUAUAGAUUAUGUGCUUAGUGCGGGCGUGGUGAGUCCUGAUAGGGGUUCGAUGCGGCAAGGACCAAUGACGCCGAAUGGGUAUGAUGAUAUAUCGCCUAUUACGAGGGGAGAAUGGGGGUUUCUGAUGGUAGAUGAUGCGUUUCAGGGGGGACGCACAGUGGCGGUUGAGACGUGUUGA